AUGAAAAGUAAACAAAAAUACGUCAGAAAGGCCAAGGUGGUUGCAGUGGUGCUGUUAUACUACAUCCUCUGUGUAACAAUGGGAUUCGCAACCAAAUAUUUUAUAUCAGAGAACGGAUACAAUUUCAGGUAUCCAAUUUUCAAGACUGGCAUAAACAACCUAGUACAUUUUGUUUGUGCUGUAAUAUACAUUGAGUACAAUAAAAAGAGAGAGCAUAGCAGGGCUGUUGGGAAGAGGUACCUGCUUGAGACACUCCUGUGCUCAUUCAUUGGCUCCAUUGACUCGUCCAUCUCCAUGUACACGCUCAGGCAGGUUGAACUUGCCUUCUACACAAUUCUGAAGUCGGCCACGCCCAUCUUCAUUGUUCUAAGCGGAUUCGUCCUUGGAACUGAGUCAGUCAACUUCUCAACACUCUUCUCAAUUCUGCUGAUUGCAGUUGGGACAUAUCUGGUUACAGUCAAACCAAUACCAACGGCAUCCCGUGACAUCUAUCUCCUCCUAUCCAGUGCCAUAAUCUCUGGCUUCAGGUGGUCAUUGAUUCAGUUCAUUAUCACUAGGAGAAAUGAUGACAUAUUUGUAGCAAUACGAGACCUGUGUCUUCCUACGAGCAUCUUCCUCUUUGCAUACACGAGCUGGGUCCAUUCGUAUCGUGAAAUAUUCAGCAGCGAGUUCUUUGAGUCAGUUUGGUCUGCUCUUCUGAAUUCAUCACUGAUUUUUGGGAUGGGGAUAAUUUCAUUUCUGAUUUUGUUCUGUGAGCUCUGGAUUGUCAAGGAGACCUCUGUACUCUUCCUGUCGAUCUCUGCAGUGGUAAAGGAGCUUGUUAUCGUUGGAAUAUCAAUCCUGAAUGGUGCAACAUGCAUGACCAAAUUGAAUUACCUUGGAAUUGCAAUCAGCAUUAUUGGAAUAAUAUUCUAUAACACGGUGAAACACACUGGUACAAAAUAUUUGAAUUGA